UGCUGGAGUUGCCGUCCGAUUGCAAUGGAGAAGUGGUACUUUGAAGACAAUCCACCGAGCCCCAAGAGGUAAUGUAAUCGACUGAAAGGUGUCACAUAUUUUUGGACAAGAAUCCGUUCAAUCUCGCUUCUGCUUCGAGUCGUUUGGGUGCACGUUGAAAUUUCGAGGCCUGCUUUGUUAGCCUAGCCUAGUUUAAAAGAGAGCAAACAACGCGCCUGGGAUAAACACGUCGGCGAGCAAGCAAACGUCAAGUCGGUCAAAAACUGAGAAACUGAAUUUGCCAUGAAGCAUUCCUGGGUCAUCAUCCUCACUCAUAGUGGCUGGCUGCAUUUUGUCCUGCAUUGCCACGCGGCGAAUGUAAACAUCAGCGUGUGGGACUAUGGGAUGCAGUUACGGCCAAACUUAGUAUGUCAGUCACGCGCAUCGUCCUGAACGCCUGGAGUCUGCUCGCAUGGAGGUAGCUGAAGAGUCGCCAUACACCAAAAAGCUGGAGGAAGAAUUUGUCCACAUUAAAGAGGAGCAGGAGUAUUUCAUUAGAGUGGAGAACCCCCACAUUGAGGAGCAGCAGCAACCUCAUCCGCUUAAAAAGGAGGAGGAGGACCCUCCAUAUGUUAAAGUGGAGGUGGUGGACAUCCCCAAUUGGAGUGAUGAGCCCUUGAUGGGUGAAGAUGGAGGUCUGAGUGAAGCCAGCAGAGGGGCGGAUCUUCUGAGUGGCAGCGGUUCAAAAGAAGGAUUCCAAGCAGACAACCUCAUCGCUCGACCAUCAGAAAGUGACGACUUCACAUCAGGCUUGCUGUUCUGUUUCAGAAAAUCUCUUGGUGCUGAGCUAAAAUCUCCUGGUGUAACGGAGGAUGUUGAGCUCCCCCAAAUCAAAGAGGAGGAGGCGGCAGAGCCCUGUCAACAGAAGCAACUUCCAAUCAAAAAGGAGGAGGAGGAGCUGCCAUAUGGUAAAGAUGAGGAGGAGCAUAUCACCUGGUGGACUGGUGAUCCCUUGAAGAGUGAAGAUGGUCUGAGUGAGGCCGGAAAAGGGGCGGAGCCUCCAAGCGGCAGCAGCUCAACGGAAGCAUUGCAAACAGACAUUUUCGUCGUUACUUCAGACACAAAAGCCACCACGUCACACUCACCUUACAAUGAUGAUGGUCAUAAGACAUCUCACAGUGAUGACAAACUCUGCAAAUGCUCUCAGUUUGGGAAAACCUUUGCUAAUAAGUAUACUUGUUGGAUGCAUACGAGGAGUCACACUGGUGAAAAUCCUUUUUCCUGCUCUGUUUGUGGAAAAGGUUUUGUUGCGGUACGAAACCUAAAACAACACACAAGAAUCCACACUGGCGAAAAACCUUUUGCCUGCUCAAUUUGUGAGAAAAGAUUCAGGCGCAACAGCCACUUGAUAUCCCACGCAAGAACCCACACUGGCGAAAAACCUUUUGCUUGCUCAGUUUGUGGUCAAGGAUUCGCUCAAAAGCAGAACUUACAAAGUCACGAAAGAACCCACACUGGUGAAAAACCUUUUUCCUGCUUAGUUUGUGAUCAACGAUUCAGUCACAAGAGCAUCUUAAGAAAACACAGAAGAACCCACACUGAUGAAAAACCUUUUUCCUGCUCAGUGUGUGGUCACAGUUUCACUGAAAAGAAAAACUUACAAAAACAUACAAGAACCCACACUGGCGUAAAACCUUUUUCCUGCUCAGUUUGUGGUCAAAGAUUCAGUUAUAAGAGCACCCUAAAACAACACACAAUAACCCACACUGGCAGACAUCCUUUUUCCUGCUCAGUUUGUGGUCAAGGAUUCUCUCAAAAGCGUAACUUACAAAGUCAUGAAAGAACCCACACUGGUGAAAAACCUUUUUCCUGCUUAGUUUGUGAUCAAAGAUUCACUCAAAAGCAAUAUCUGAAAGUCCACAUAAGAACCCACACUGGGGAAAAACCUUUUUCUUGCUCAGUUUGUGGUCAAGUAUGCAGGUGCAUGAGUUCAUUAAAAGUACACACAAGAAUCCACACUGGUGAAAAACCGUUUUCCUGCUCAGUUUGUGAUCAAAGAUUCAGCCAAAAGAACUCCUUAAAAGUACACACAAGAACCCACACUGGCGAAAAACCUUUUUCCUGCUCAGUUUGUGGUAAAAAAUUAAGUCACAAGAGCACCUUAAAACGACACUCAAGAACCCACACUGGCGAAAAACCUUUUUCCUGCUCUGUUUGUGGUCAAGGAUUCGCUGAAGAAGGAACCUUAGAAAGACACACAAGAACCCACACAGGAGAAAGACCUUUUUCCUGCCCAGUUUGUGGUCAAAGAUUCAGUUGCAAGAGAAACUUAAAGCAACACACAAGAACCCACACUGGCGUAAAACCUUUUUCCUGCUCAGUUUGUGGUCAAAGAUUCAGUUAUAAGAGCACCGUAAAACGACACACAAGAGCCCACACUGGCGAAAAUCCUUUUUCCUGCUCAGUUUGUGGUCUAGAAUUCUCUCAAAAGCAACUGUUACAAAGUCAUGAAAGAACCCACACUGGUGAAAAACCUUUUUCCUGCUCAGUUUGUGGUCAAAGAUUCAGUUAUAAGAGCACCGUAAAACGACACACAAGAACCCACACUGGCAAAAAACCUUUUUCCUGCUCAGUUUGUGAUCAAGGAUUCUCUCAAAAGCAAAGCUUACAAAGUCACGAAAGAACCCACACUGGCGAAAAACCCUUUCCCUGCUCAGUUUGUGGUCAAAGAUUCGCUCACAAGCCAUACUUGAAAGAACACACAAGAACCCACACUGGCGAAAAACCUUUUUCCUGCUCAGUUUGUGGACAAGGAUUUAGGAGCAAGAGCGCCUUAAAACGACACACAAGAACCCACACUGGCGAAAAACCUUUUUCCUGCUCAGUUUGUGGUCAAAGAUUCUCUCAAAAGCAACAAUUACAAAGUCACGAAAGAACCCACACAGGCGAAAAACCUUUUCCCUGCUCAGUUUGUGAUCAAAGAUUUGCUCUAAAGGGAACUCUAACAAAACACAUAAGAACCCACACUGGCGAAAAACCUUUUUCCUGUUCAGUUUGCAGUCAAAGAUUUGCUCGGAAGAAUCAGAUGAAGAGACACGUGUGUGUUUGUGUGAGAAGCAGUGGCCAAUGACUUUUGCCUGUCAACCAUGCUGGCUUCAUCAGAUUUUGCAAGCAGGUUAGGUUAGGAUUGGAGGUUACGUUCGCAUUCGUGGUACACUUUAUUUUUGUGAUUGCAUUUUUGUUUAGACUUUGCGAUUUUGUGUUUUACCUUUUCUGGCCAUCAACGUCUUACCCUUGGUUCUCUCGCCGAUUUGCAUUAUUUAUUUCAUAAUCUCCCCUUCAAACUAAACUUUUCACAUUUAAUAUUUGAAACCGCAGACCCCAAAUAAUUAUUAAUUAUUAAUAAAUACUGUCAUUAAAUAAAUAUGGAAAUAUAGAAUACAUUGUUCAAUAUUGCAAAAAUAAUUUGAAAAAAAUACUGGCUCACAAAUUAGUUUUUUGUGUGGGGGUCAAUGUAAAUGUAAUUUUCUUUUUUCAAUUACUAUUACUACUCGUGAUUGACAGAGUAUGAGGGCCAAAUGAAGGGGAAAAAAAGGACUAUGACAGUAAAGUCGUUUUCUUACGACAAUAAAUUGGGUUUUUUUCCUGUAGCAAGUCAAGUUUUGGUAUCUCCUUUUUUAAAAUUUUUUUUAGAAUAUCUAAAUAAAUAAAACACGCAGAAUCAUUUCUGUAUUUAACUUUGCAGAUUAUAUAUGUAUUGUGAUGAAAAUGUUGUCUGUUCAUAACAUGGUCACCACCUGACACCUACAGGGGUCGCAUUGAAUAAGGCGCUAUUGGAACAGAAAAGUUCACUGUUGCCAUUUUUUUUUUUUGUAAUUGUACACAAACUUCCUUGUCUGUGUUGGAUCCAUAUUAUACGGCUGGUGGUUUCAUUACAAAGUUAAGUGGCAUCAUUUACAGCAGGGGUCCCCAAACUUUUUCCUGUGGGGGCCACAUAACUUUUCCCUUCUCUGAUGAGGGGCCAGGGUCAGUUUGUAACAGAAAAAGUGUGACGAUUGCUGGAGUGCCUAAAUGUAAAAAUGUAUUGUUUUUCAGAAAGCCACAAUCAAAUAACCCUUUUUGGAUUCUUUACGGAACAAAAGUAAAUACAAUAAUAUAUAAUAAUAAUAAUAACUAAUAAUAACGGAAAAAGAGGGUUAAUUUGACUGGGGAUCCAUCUGUGGGUGUGUGGUAUAAAGCCGGCGACGCUAUGGAGUUGUGACUCAGAUCAGAGAAUCAACAGGGGACGUUCAGGAUUUAUUGGUUUCCUUUAAUGAUGAUGAAAGGAUUAUGAGAUUUAUUUUGUUGUAUUGUGGUUUCUGUGAAUACAAGAUGACAAUAUAACAUAUCAGUAAUAUAUAUAACCGAUAAACAUAUACUUUUUUAUUUUUUUCUUUACAUAUCUAUACACAUUCACAAACAAAAACGGGCUCACACAUUUUCAACAUUCUAACAAGAAACCACAACUAACACUCUCCAUCAUAAUAUACAUAUUUCUACUUGUUUGCCAUGUUUGUAUUCUUACACACGCAUCACUACACAAUAUACACACACCUCCACACUCACGCACACACACACACACAUACUCGAACACAGGGCUUUACAAAGAAAUGUUAACUUUCUCAAACAAUGAAACCAAAUUGAGAGCUUUUGGCUGCUUGAUCAAUUUCAGAGAUCUAUACCAUAUAGGAAACUCGUUCAUCCAAUGUUUAAAACAAGGUCUUGUUUUAAAGUACCUGCAUUUGUGAAUGAAAAAUUUUCCAAGUAGUAAAAUCACAUUAACAACAAAAACCAAAUCCUUAUUUUUGCCAGACACACCAUACUUAGACUACCGUCCACUUUGAAAGGUCAGUUUGUUUGGACUUAACACUAGAAAACCCAAGGAGGGAUCAGUUGAUGAAUAUACCUUUUGUGCCCAGAGAGGGAUCAUCUGAUCCUAAUUUGCACAUCUAUUGUGGUCGUUGAUGGUGGUCGUUUGUUACUCACGCCUACGGACAAUUUGGAAUGAUCAAUCAGCCUAGCAUGCACGUCUUAGGAAUGUGGGAGGAAACCGGAGUCUUUUUCUGUCUCUACAUAGAGAAAGAAAGAAAAAAAAAAAGCAAAUGUGUAUGUAUGUGGGAAUGAAGCAUUUAGCUACAGUAAAUAUGCCACAGACCUAAUGUGGAUGUGUAGCUGAACAGGUUGACUUUCAUAGUAUAUUGAACUAUAUUUUAGCAAUCCUUUUUUUUUUUUUUUUCAUCUUGAAUCCAUUUCCAGCAGGCUUAUAAUGUAGACUCUAAGCCUAAACCAAUGUAGGAUAACAAAGACAAAAUAACCGAAUUUCAAUCUCUGAAAGAUUUAUUUAGAGCAAAACAAAAAACUGUACAGUGUACUGUAUACAAUCCUGACACAUCACUGGGUAAGGCGUACAGCAUGAGCCACAAGUCAAUCGGCCACAUUUCUGACACACAUGAGACAUUUUUUUUCCCCCCGUACACUUUUUUAUUUGGCAGCGCCUCCUUUUUGCUGGUGGACUGUGUGUCAUGGGAACAAAUAAAUCUUUCAGAAAUUAAAUUUGGGUUGUUUUGUCAUUGUUAUCCUAUGUUGCUUUACACUAGAACCACCAGGGGUUUUGGUGCUUCCUAAAACUACCAAGGGUGUCCCAUUUUGGGACACCCUGGGAUCCGCCCCCAAGCCGAGCCCAUCUCAUUUCUACCCCUCGGCCCACCCCUUGGCCCUUCAAAUGAAGCAAUAAGGGGUAGGGGUAAGGUGUAGGGCUUGAAACAUCACCCUAAGAAUUGGGACACGUCUUUACACUCGCGUACGUCAUAAGUCCGUUCGAACAGUUGUUACGUAACCAAAAGCGACGAUAAAAAGUGCACUAAGUGCACUUGUGCGUUUAGCAAAACUGAAAAACAAAACAAACAUUACAAAUGAAGAAACACAAUGAACAAGCAUUACAAUAAGUGGUGUCGAUUUUUAAUUUAGUACACCCCUAAAUAGUGCACUUUUUAUCGUGAUUAAUUUUUUUUAACUAUCACUUUUCUGACUGAAGAAAACACAUUGAGAGUAGAUAAUACUGGUCAUCAGCUGUUAGAGUAUUAUUUGGAUGUAUCAAGCUUGUUUCAUUGAAUUUAAGCAAAGCAAACAAAACAAACACUUGUAACAAACGGAAGGGUCCACAACACAUGCACACAGAUGUGGAGCACUAGUUCAGUUUAAUUUAGUUUUGUUUCAAAUUCAAAUAUGGUUUCAAAUUCAAUGUAAUAUUUACACCAUUGUAUGAAACCUGAAUGAUAGUUUGUUUCUGAACCAAGAGUGGUAUUUACUAGUCUUGCAUAUUUUCUUCCCAGCCAUUUCAUGUGAGGUGCUUUUCUUGUUACCACUGUUGCUUUGUGUGCUUAGUUGUAGUAUUUCUGAAUAUCUAUGUAUAUCAAUGUAUAUCCACAGCAAAUUGUUAACUGAUCUUUUCAAAAAUGUUUUUUAACAUGUAGAGGGUAUUCAAACAAAUACAUACGAAUGAAUUAGAAUUAUUAAAAUACUUUUAUCAAAAUAUUCUCAGAAGUUUAGCAGUUUAGUGUCAAGUAAGAAAUAAGUGUCUGAUAGGCUACUUUAGCUGAAGAGGGGGUUGGGGCGAAACAGGCUCA